AUGUUCAUCCCCAACUGGCGGCGCCGGGCCAGCUUCCACCUCUGUCUUGUCGUAGCAGCCAGCCUCAUCGUCGCUGCCCUACUCGGUCUCCAUCGCGGGCUGCGCGAAACAGGCCUCGAGCUGGUCCGGCCGGCCUUUUUUUACGUCACCGGUCUUACACGUUAUGACUUCAAGCCCACGCCCGACGAGCAGGCCUGCCUCGACGGCACCGCGGUCCGCAUCAACGCGCCCAACAUGCCUUCCAGCAUCCCCAGGGUUGCCCACUUCAUCACGGGCGUGGACAGGCCAAAUCCCGCCACCUUGGUACUGUGGCUGGCCGUGCGCGCCGCGGCGGCAAACCUAGGCCCGGAUGGCGAGAUCCGCCUGCACUACCUUCAUCUGAGCGACGAGGGUCCCUGGUGGAGCGGCGUGCGGAAGCUCGUCACCCUCGUGCGCCACGAGCCGGGCUUUCUCGAUGAAUUUGCCCGCCUUGCGCCGUCCGACUGGGAUCCCGCCCACAAGGCUGAUGUGCUGCGGCUGCAGAUCCUCCGGGCCCAUGGCGGCAUCUACCUCGACACCGACGCCAUCAUCCUACGCCCCCUCGACCGUCUGCUGAGCGGGCGGCGCGACGUGGUCCUCGCCCACGAGGGCGGCAACCGCAGGGGCAUGACGAAUGCCGUGAUACUGGCCAAACGAGGAGCCCCUUUUCUCGAGCGCUGGUACCGAAUGUACGACGGCUUCAACCCCCGCCUCUGGAACUACCACUCCGUCGUCCUGCCGGCCAGGCUUGCCGACAGACACGCCGAGGAAGUCUGCCAACUGUCGCCUGCUGCCUUUUUCUGGCCCCUGUGGCCGAGGCAGCACAUCGAGUGGAUGCACGCGCCGUUGAGCCCGGCAGAGAGCGCGACAGUUGCCGCUGCCAUUGCGCGCAACAACGGCUCCCUCUUCGGCGAGCAGCUCAUUAAUCAUGCCUGGAACCACCCGGCUGCCAGGUUUGUCCGACACCUGACGCCCGAGCGCAUCAAGACCGAAGACACGAGGUUCAACAUGCUGGUGCGGCGAUUUGUCGACGUCGAGUCGCGGAUCUGA